GAUAUGCCAAGUGAUUGUGAUUCAGUAUAUGCACGUUUAUAUUGCUAUCGUCCCGGUUGGCUGUUGGAGAAAAACACACGCUAAUUGCUUGCACAGUUUGGUGCAAUUUUGUAUGUUUCUUUGAAAUGUUCGCUUUCAUGGCAAACUCGCAAUAUAUUGCAAAGGGCACGGAGGCAAGUGCCACCCGGUUCUGUACUGAAAAGGAUCUUCAGCAGACAACCGGAGAAGAACUCAAAAAGAGACAUAAGAUAUUUCAUUUCACUUCCUUGUCGUUAACGUCGUAACGGGAAUUUACCAGCGUUCAAUCGGGUGACUGACAUCAGAUAGAUACAGCUACUGACUCCUACUCAUCCCGCGUAGGCAGGUAGGUGACUAACAGCAGAUAGAAUCUUCUACCGGAUGCAAUCUAGAUGCGAUGGGAAGCGCUGAAACUCUUCUUGCGUGGAAUGUGUCGACAGAAAGAACUGGAAACGAGAAUGAUAUACUAGGAGUGGACGAUAGAUCCACAGCAGAGGUGAUACUGUCGAUACUGACAAUGGCUUUAAUCAUAGUCCUGAGCAUCGCUGGAAACAUACUUGUGUUGGCGGCAAUCGUUCGCGAAAACGUUCUUCACAGUAAAACGUCUGUAUUCAUUGCCAAUUUAGCCAUUGCAGAUCUUCUGAACGCUAUCCUGAACAUGACCACUAUUUUGGUCAGCUGUAUAUACGACAAGUGGAUAUUCGGUGAAAUCAUAUGUGGCAUUAUUGGAGCGUCGCUUGUUUUAGCUUGUUCGGCCAGCAUCAAUACAUUGGGAGCAAUAGCACUCGAUCGCUACUUCGCCAUCGUGUACCCUUUCCAGUACGCACAACGCAUGUCGACCUGCCGCAUAGUGGCUCUUCUGGUCUGGAUCUGGACGCAGUCUUUGUUCUUCAGUGUCAUGCCAGUAUUGGGCUGGUCAGAGUUCGUGUACAUCGAAUCGGAAUAUCUCUGCUCUGCUGAUUGGUCUACAGAUAUGUCAUAUACAAUCACCAUUGUCGUUGUAAACUUGGCACCCCCGAUAUCCUUGAUGACCUACUCCUACAGGCACAUACUUAGGAUCGCGUCAGCGCACCGGAAGCAGAUGAGGACACAGCAUAGCGUAAAAGAACAAAAAGAAAGUGUGCCUCGGAGCAGGAAUCGCAAGACAGUAGAGGCUUUCGUCCAACGAGCCAAACAAAUGCGACAGGACACCAAGGCUGCUACCACUCUGCUUAUCGUCAUGGGCAUCUUUCUCAUCUGUUGGCUCCCGCAUACCAUUACGAUGCUUUGCUUCGCUUUCCCGUCGUGCACCGCUAUUCCCCAAGGGAUCUACGUCCUGUCGACCUGGUUUGCUAUGUUGAAUUCUGCCUGCAACCCUUUCAUCUACUGUAUAACGAAUAAUCAGUUCAGGCAAGCGUUCAAGCGGACUCUUGAGCACAUCAUGCCGCUAUCGUGCAGGAGAAGAACGGCUCGGCGUGUGGAGCCCGACUCGGCCUUUGGAUCAGUAUCGGCACCUGAUACAACUUCAGAUCCACGCAUCUUCAUAUCUACCCAUGAUUUUAGUCAUACUGUAACUGAUCCCACACCCAAUACGAACAGAGCAGAUUUGUCCGUGGAUGAUAACAAUAGCGAGUUUUCGCUUCCACAACGCACUACGGAGUCAAGAACAUAGAAAAUGUAUUGUCAAAUGCCCUUCAUGACAAUGAAUAACAAAGAAGACUUUUAUCGAAAAUUGGUGAAUUGAAACAGCAGUUUCGUCUUGGACUCUAGCCAAACAACAUUAUAUUGUUCGUCCGCUCCGAAACUUAAGACAAAAUUGCUGUUCCGGUUCACCAAUUUUCGACAAAGACCUUCCAGUUGUUCUUUGUCGUUUGACGGGCAUUUUCAAUACAAUUACUUUUUUUUUAAUACGUUCCAUUGCUGUUGCGAAAAUCCCUAUUAUCCAUCACCAUACACCACGACCUCUGACAGAUCCAUAGAGGAAGUAUAAACUAAUGACCUUGAAUUCGAGGUGUCGGUGAACUUAAGAAUCCUAAUAAGAGUUCCUUUCCACUUUGAUUAGUCAUUUCUGCAGAAAAAAAAUCUUACAUGUCUUGCACAGAAAUGGUCGAUAAGGGAUCAUCAAGAAAUACUCGAGCUUCUACCAUACUAUAUUUUUCAGUUGGUGAGCUACUAUCCACUCUUGUGAACUGUCUCAGACAAGCCAGUAAGAUUCGGACUUUUUGGAAACUCGCUUUUGAAAUGUCAUUAAUGUAAAAAAAAAAAAAAUUAACCCUCACCAAUUUUUUAUGAGAUUUUGCUCAAGUAACAGAAGUAGAGGGAAAGUAACUGUACAUGAUAUCAAGCUUUAAAAAAUGAAAAGAGACGCAGGAGAACAGACCGUAAUAACGCUGAAAAUGUCAUUGAAAUUAUAGAGACCUGUGUUAAAGGGAAGUGCUGUAAUUAAAGUUAGAAGACCAUUUAACAAUGCUUAAAGUUGAAAGAUGCACAAUUUCGGUGAACAAGGCAGGUUGGUAGAGGUUUGAUUGAUGAGGGGAGCUUAAAAGGUAAAAUGAGUAAUAGGGAUUUCAGGGGGUAUGCACUCACUUAAAAAAUUGCGUGUUCGAUCUGAAUAAUGAAUCAGAAAUAUAAUUUUUGUUAACAUUGGAACAAGCGGAAAUUUGAAGCUGUAAUCUACUGCUUGUCAGACACUGACCCAUAGGCUACCUCGGCCGAUGUCACACUCACAGUAGGGAUUUUGCGCUCUACGAUGCAGGACGGAUUCAGGAACAUAGAAUAUAUAUUGUCAAAUGCAGGGGCGGAUCCAGGAUUUUCCAAAAGGGGGGGGGGCACAUUUUUUUGAGGAAAAUUUUGACGAGCCAAAAAAAAGGUUUUAAACCACAAAUGAAGGAUAUUUCGUACCCCCAAAAUUUGACAAGCAAAAAAAAAGAGAAAAAAAGGUCUUCAAUUUCAAAAGAGGGGGCACACCUCUGUUUUAAUGGCAUUUUUACAUUACACAUUUUAAUUUUGCUUCUCAAAGGGGGGGGGGGGGCACGUGCCCCCUGUGAUGCUCUUCGUGACAAUGAACAACCAAGAAGUCUUAAUAAAACAUUGGUGAAUCAAAACAUCAGUUUCGUCCCGGACUCUGAACACACGAAAGAAUUACGUUUUUUCGUCAGCUUGAAUUAUAGGACGAAACUGCUGUUUCCGGAUCACCAUUUUCCGACAAGGAUUUGUUAGCUUUCUUUGUCAUUUGACGGGGAUUUUCAAUUCAUUUACUAUGUUCUUGAACUCCCUGAAGACAAAGGAACAAAUACCUUACCUCCUCUGAUUUUACUCUGACUCGCAUUCGUCAGUCUGCCACAACAGGUUACUGGUUGAGGGAUGCGCUCUAAAUGUCAAGGAUUUGAAAUAAAUCUAGAUCUGCUGUGAACAGUUGAGCCUUAUAAUGGAUUGGAUUUGUUUUGAAUCCCAUAACGGAUUAACUUUUAACUCUCGAAACAUUUAAAGUAAAAUCUAUAAGCUUUAAUGUUUAAAUCUAAUAUUUGGUUUGUCACCAUUCACAGUCAAUCUGGUGAUUGUUUCAACAAGCAAAUCGUAAUGUUACGCACACCUUAAAAGCAUGUCUGGAACAUUUUCUUGGGUGCUAAGCGAACUACAUAUAGUCAGGUCCAGAUUUGAGAAAAGUAGACUGCCUUAAGCAAAUCGUGUUAAUGCUGAAUUGAGAAGUGUUUUAUCACAAUUUGAGGGCGCUGAGUCCAAAUAUGCUGUUUGCCAACCUUUAUUUUGAUGUUAAAAUCCUCAAAUUGGCAAAAACAAUAUGGCCGCCAUUCUACACCCUUUUUUGCUCUAUUUUGAACCCAAAAAAUUUGUUUUUGGUACUAUUUGAUAUCAGGAAUAACAUACUAAAAAAUCGACCAAAAUCCGCAUCCGGGAAAGUGGUUAUUUUUAAGAUCAUGGCGUCUAAGAUGGCCGCCAUUCACUGAAAAUUAGCAUAACCGACUCUUUAUCUACCCUAGACAUCGCUUUCGGUGCAUACAUGUAUUCAAUGGUGUAGGGGGUAAAAGGAAAGAGUGAACAUAAGCACUACAGGGUACCUGAAAAUCCAAGAUUGCGUAAAAAUUGCUGCCAUGGCCUAAAAAUUCACAAUAAUAUAUUACCUACUUUAGUAUCUUUUACUUUGGUUUUAUUCAUUGGUGAUUUCAAGGGUCAAGUAGAAAGCUGGGACAAGUUACAAGGACAGUCAACGAUCCACUAUGUCCAAAAAUCCAAGAUGGCUUUCAAAAUUGGAGUCUAAAAUAGUUAUUGU